AGCCAACACAAUAAUUCACUGGCAUGCAGAUCGAUCAAAACAUGUAAACAUCACACACCAGGGCCUAGCUAGCUAGCUGCGUAUCGAUCUGCACUGCACGAGGACCGUCGUCUCCCUCCCUGCAGCUGGCCGAUCAUAUAUAGGAUCGAUCGACACGCCGGCGUCGACGAUGAGGGAGCUGAUGCGGCGCCUGAGCUUCUCGGACCGCGUGAGCGACGGCAGCGGCGGCGUGCCCCGCGGGUGCGUGCCGGUGCUGGUGUGCGACGGCGGCGGCGAGGGCGAGCGGUUCGUGGUGCGCGUGGAGGCGCUGCGGCACCCGUCGUUCGCGGUGCUGCUGGAGAUGGCGGCGCAGGAGUUCGGGUACAAGCACGAGGGCGUCCUUCGGGUCCCCUGCGACGUCCGCCACUUCAAGGACGUCCUCGCCGCCGUCUCCUCGCCGCGCUCUAGGAACUGAUCCGCGAAUUUAUUAUCUAGGAGUCAAUCGGAUCGCCUCCUUUAAUCAAGGAACUGAUAACUAAUUCCUUCUUCUUCUUCUUCUUCUUCUUCUUCUUCUUCUUCUUCUUCUUCUUCUUCUUCUUCUUUGUGUUAAUUAUUUGGUUUCUUGGUUUGGGCAAGAUCGACGACGGAGAGGAUUUGCUAGCUAGCUGCUAGCAUGGAUCAGUCUGCACUGCACAUAUGUUUCUCUUACAGUAUUGGCUUCACUCCUGCAACUUGGAGUGAAACAAGAAGGAAUCAAGUUUUCAAGUCAGGUUUUCAGAGUUUGGAUGAUAAGUUAAAGAGAUAGCAUAGGUGUUCAAGUUAUCAAUACAGGGUUCUUGGGUCAACUUUUCAGUAAUAUUGUAGAGCAGCGUAUAAUCUACUAGUCGUGUUUGGUGUCCAGAUUCUCCUCGGCAGUGCUAGUACAUUAGAGUUAGUGUUGUACCUCCUGUUUCAUAAUUAGUGAGACUAGUCACCGGUCAGAGUUGAAUCCAACAAUUAUAGAAUAAUUUUUCUGAGGAUUAUAAUGUCUUUA